AUGACGCUAGAACAGUCGCCGAGAUCGGAAUUGACUGCUUCCAAAGGUGAUGUUUCCGACUACUUCCAGGCAGCUUCAAUGCUUGACGGAUUUGAUCCCAUUGAAAGCUUUAGCUUUAUGCUUUUAAUGGUUGUUAUUGUCGGUGUCUCAGUUGAAUAUUAUAUUCACGAUGUUGCAGUCGAAACUUUUUAUUGGCAUAAUGUUGUAUUGAUGAUUGAUGGUCAUGGUAUUGAUGGAUGCUUUGAGCUUUGUAAGGUGCUUGAGACAUAA